AUGCGCACAAGACAUGUGGUCGGCCUUGUAUUCCUCUCCAUCCUCUCCCUCGCAUUCCUCUGGCGACAUCAUAUCCGCGACCUCUCAGAAGUUACCCGCACAUACAGCGUUUUCCACAAGUACCUACGGCGUAAUCAAGAUGUCCUGGUACGAUUUUCGACUCAGCUUCAAUCGUCAGAGGCGAACGACAUAACACUGCCCGACUCCGUUCCCCAGAUCAUUCACCAAAUCUUCCUCUCAAAUGGCAGACCGAACUCAACUCUGGCCAAGUACGAUCCAGCGAUCAAAAGCUGCCAAGCCCUACAUCCGGGAUGGACGUUCAAGAUGUGGACAGACACCAAUGCGACUGACUUCAUCGCUGAGUUCUACCCGGACAUUCUGCCUCAUUACACCGGCUACAAGCAGAACAUCCAGCGCGCCAACAUUCUCCGGUAUGCACUGCUGCAUCACUUCGGCGGUGUAUAUCUAGAUCUCGACGUUACGUGUCUUGCAGCUCUGGACGAGCCACUAUCCAAAGGGUCGGAUAGAUCUCUCACUCACCUGCCAUGGGUCACCCCGGGAGCUUACCCAGCAGGCGUUAACAACGCAUUCAUCCUCUCUCGACCAGGCCAUCCCUUCCUCGCCGAGCUGCUUGGUCGAGUGCCUAGCCGCGACUUGCCAUGGCCCAUGCCGUACGUCGAGAACAUGCUCAGCACAGGCUGCAUGUACUUCUCCAACGUCUGGAUGUCAUAUGCUCUGCGCUUGGAGAGGGAGUGGCGAAAUCCUGGCGUGAGGAAGGAAGAUCGAGUGUAUAUCCUCGCGGAUGAGAAUGGCAGUAUGGAUCCUCACAUGCUGAGAGGCAAGAUCACCACACCGCUCUUCGCGCACGGCGGGGCGAGUAGCUGGCACGGUUGGGACGCGGCGAUGAUCGUUAUGAUCGGGAAACACUAUGGAUAUUUCGCACUUGGACUCGCGAGUCUGGUGGCCUCGAUUGUGCUUGCGGCGUGGAAGCUGAGUCGACGCAGCAAGUCGAGGCGGAGGAGCAGCUGGAGAAGUGCGGUUUCGCGGCUCAGUCUUGAUCGACGGAGUCUAGAGAAGCAUUCCCUGCUACAGGAUGAAGAGCAGGGAUUGGCGAAAAACGGGUAA